UCCCUAAAAAGAAUUUUUAAAAAUUAGCUGGGCAUGAUGACACAUGCAUAUAGUCCCAGUUACUCAGUAGGCUAAGAUGGGAGGAUCACUUGAGCCCAGGAUUUUGAGGUUGCAGUGAGGUGUGUUCAUACCAUUGCAUUCCAGCUUGGGCAAGCAGAGCAAGACCCUGUCUCUGUUUCAAUAAUAAAGGGAAAAAAAGCAAGUGCUUUGUUGAGCACUUGCUGUAUGCCCAGACUGUGGUGCUAAGUACUUGAUGGGCAUAACUCAUCUGAUGUUCCUGGAAGCCCCAUGGGGAGGUACUAUGAUUAGUAUUAUUCUCACAGAGGAGGAAACUGGUAAGUUCAGAGGCUGGCCCAGGACCACACAAAUACAGGUAGAGCUAGCAUUUGAACUAACAGUGUUGCUGCAGAACCCCUCUCUUAACUACUCUGCCAUGUGGCUGCCCCUGGUCUUUUCCCAGCUUUGGCAAAUAGUUUAUUUGCAUUACCUGAGUUGGGAAAGGAAGACAGAUAGUGGCCCCAGCCUCGCCCGGAGAUCCUGAUUCCGCUGGUCUAGGGGGCACUUGUACAUUCAUAUUUUUUCAAAAAACCCCGGGGAAUUCCAGUGUGCAGCCAGGGUUGAGACCACCGGUCUAAACCAGUCCAUACCCAAUGGCAUCAGCUGGUUUGCCAGCUAGUAAACACUUGCAUCCUGAGAAAACACUAAGAUGAAACUGUGCUGUGAGUGUUGAAGGGUCCUUGCAAGGACAAAUUCUGGAUGGGCACAUAUGGUAGAAAGGAGCUCUGGAAGAAAUGAGUGGCAAAAAGAGGAGACGCUGGAUAUAAUGUGGGGCCCUCUUUCACAGCUCUUAGGUCUGUUCUGCAUUGAAAGAAUCCGACCAAACAUUGAAGGGACAGGUAUCCAGCCAAGUGAGGAAAGCUGAACAUGUUUAAAGUAUUAGCGGAGCAAUUCAGUGACAGAUGUAAAUGAACUGAGGAAAACAGUCCCCUUGGACCAGGAACUCACCAGGAUCAGGGCUUACAAGGAAGAGCUUUUGGGAAGACAAUUUUGAGCCAGAAUGGAAAGCUGAGCAUAGCGUGGCUGGAAGAGAAAAGUAAGGAGUGCAUCUGCAAUGUGAAUAAUGAGAUAUGUGCAAAUGCAUGGAAAGGAAAAGGAUCGUUAGGUAUUAUAGAGAGAACAGGAAGAGAGAAAGUCUUCCAGAGCAGAGACUCUUUGCUGGAGAACAAUAAGCAUUGUGAGCAGGGAGAUGAGGGAGAGGGGUUAAUAACAUGGUAGAAGAAAUCUGGCUGUAGAUGGGGUCUAAAGAAUCUGCAGCCAGAUGCAAUGGCUCACGCCUGUAAUCCCAACACUUUCGGAGGCCAAGUCAGGCAGAUCACUUGAGGUCAGGAGUUUGAGACCAGGCUGGCCAAUGUGGCAAAACCAUGUCUCUACUAAAAAUACAAAAAUUAGCGAAGUGUAAUCCCAGCUACUCAGGAGGCUGAGGCAGAAUUGCUUGAAUCUGGAAGGCAGAGGGUUGUAGUGAGCCAAGACCACACCACUACUGUACUCCAGUAUGGACAACAGAGCAAGACUCUGUCUCAAAAAAAAGAAAAAAAGAAUCUGGGGGUGGGGCAGGUAAAAAAACAAAAAGAAUCUUCUAGGAGUCCUGAGUUUGUGGUGAUCAGCAUGAAGAUCCAUUCUAGUACUGGUGAGCACUGAAUGGGAGGCAAAGGGAAGAACUGGGAGCCCAUAUAGCCUGACAGAGUCUUAAAGUACCAGCUAAUUCAGAGACAGGCACAUACCUCUGAUAAGGCCAGGGGAGCAGUUCCAGACCAAUCUCCAUGCUGCUGGACCCAGGGAGUAUCUCAUAUUCAGAACCCCAGAGCAGUGCUAUCCAACAGAACUUUCUGUGGUGUUGGAAAUGUUCCAUAUCUAUGCUUUCCACCAUGGUAGCCUCUAGCCACAUGUGGCUAUUGAGCAUCUGUUCUGUAGCUAGUGCAACUGAGGAAGUGAAUUUUAAAUUAAAUAACCACAUGUGGCUAGUGGCUGUAUAUUGUCCUAGAGCAUCUGUUGCCUGGCCAGUGAUUGAAUACCAUCUCAAGCUUCCUGUAUGGGACCCCACUGUUUACCAGAUACUUUAUUAGGCAAUUUACACAAAUUAUCCCAUCAACUACUCACAGCCUCUCAUGAGGAGAUAUUAUCAUCCCCAUUUUAAGGGGGAGGACAUGGAGAAUAAGAAAAGCAUCCCUAGAGAGGGGUAGAGCUGAAUUUGAAUCUGGGACCAACUGGUUUCAGUGCUUAUGAUUGUUCUGUGAUAGCACAUUUCUUUGUAUUGUUUUUAUCAGUGGGACAAACUGAUUCUCCAAGGAGCCUCUUACCAUCUAUGAGGUUUCUCUUGCCUUUACCUAUGAACUAGUCUUCCAUGCCCUCUCUUUUCUAUUCUUUCACUGUGGGUAUCUACCUGCUGGCCCACCCACUUCUCAGGGUGGGCCAGCAGGUAGACACCAUAACUAGAGAGCCUGAGCGAGGUGGAGAGUAAGUGUAGACAGAGGCUUCCAGCACUGAAAAUCACCAGGCAUGAUGGUUGGCUGCAGAGGAGUUGAAGGGUAGAAUGCAGGGCUGAACGGAAGCCUGUGAGAUUUGAAGCAGGGUGUUUGGAGAUUUCAGUUCUCUUCAUAGUGCCAGGAAGCUUCAGAGUAUAAAAGCAGAGGACAGAUAACUGUCUCAAGCUGGGUAUCUAUAAAUUGGAGAGAAUAUUGGUCCAUGCAUCCAUUCACUCAAUAAAAAUAUCAAUCACUUAAGGAUUUGGAUUCAAAAAGGCUAAAAUGAGUCCUCAGAAUAUGCAUUUUAACAAAAUCCAAGCAAGUUUAUGGCCCAUAUAUCAUAUUUGGAUGUCAAAUUGUCUUGGUUUCAAAUCUCAUCUCUUUUACUUGCAGGCUGCUACUUAAAAUACUAUUUUGGGUUUCCCAGUUUACAGCCGGAAGUAGUCUUUCUCCUCUGAUCUGCCCUGUAACACAGGUUCUCAACCUUGACUACACAUCAGAAUAACUGGAAGAGCUUUAGAAAAAUACUGAUGGCCAGGUAUCAGUCCAGGCUAUUUGACCAGAAUCUCUGGGGAUGGGGCUUGGGCAUCUCCUAGGAGAGCUGACUCUGAUAUACAGGGUCAAGAACCGCCUCACCUUAUCUCUCAUGCCUUCAGGGCAUGUACCACAUCUUGCUUCAUGUUUUUUGUUUCUUCUUUUGGCUGGGCUGAGUCACCUUUGAGCCUCCACAGCCAUCAUUAUAAUGCCUUUCACAAAUUCCCAAUAAGGCAUUUUCAACUGAAUAACACGUUUCUCUAUUUCAGUUCAGAUUUAAGGGCACCAUAAUGUUGACCCAGAAGUUGGAAUCUUUUGCCCAAAGACUCUUUUCUAUGUCCUUCCUUAAUCAUCUUCUUUUUGCUAGAUCACGAGUGGCCUCUUCAAGUAUAGCUCUGUGUAUAGUACCUAUUGUUAGAGCAAGGACCAGGAGAGAGAGGAACAUUGAGGGUUAGGGCCUCAAGGGCUGCACUUAUUAGGCUCCUAGUAGCUGGUGCUAACCUCUGCCAGCUCCAGAUGUCUCCAUUGUGGGCAGCACAAGGGCUAAGAAAAAUAAUCCAAGAUGGAACAUUUUUCCUGUAAAGCUUCUUGGAGCCAUGGUGGGCAAAUGGAAGCAGGCCUGAUCUCUAGCAGAAUCAUGAGACAGAUGAAGACCCCUCAGAUGCCCCAUCCCCCUUUCUUCCUCCUUUACCAAUGGCUGCUGGACUCUGCUACCUUCUCAGAGGCCACUGUUCCCAUGCCUUUUCCCUUAACCCUCCCUCCCUCUAAGCCUGCUUCUAAGAUAAACUCAUUCACUUUAAGUUGAUUAUUCCUAAUCAAGUUAAAUAUACUGCCCACUCUGAGGGUUGUCUGUUUUCAAAUAAAAGAAUGUUUCAAAUGAUGGAGUUUUAGCUGUUACUGUGGAUUAAGUAUUUUUUUUUUUUUUUGAGAUGGAGUUUCGCUCUUGUUACCCAGGCUGGAGUGCAAUGGUGCGAUCUCGGCUCACCACAACCUCCGCCUCCUGGGUUCAAGCAAUUCUCCUGCCUCAGCCUCCCGAGUAGCUGGGACUAUAGGCGUGCACCACCAUGCCCAGCUAAUUUUUGUAUUUUUAGUAGAGACGGGGUUUCACCAUGUUGACCAGGAUGGUCUCGAUCUCUUGACCUCGUGAUCCACCCGCCUCGGCCUCCCAAAGUGUUGGGAUUACAGGCGUGAGCCACCGCGCCCGGCCUGGAUUAAGUAUUUUUGAGGGCAGGGGGUUCUUUCUGAAUUCCUGAAAUCAGUGUCUGCCCACUCUGAAGUCAGAGGGAUGUGGGACAGCACCUGUUUCUGGAGGGGUCACUGCCUCUGUUUAGAGAAGAGGGGAUUCCACCAUGGAAGCCCACCUUCAAGAUACCCCUUGAGAGGUGCCAACAGAGGUUCUCAUGUGCCCCCUCUGCUCCUGCCAGAUGUGGAUGAGUGUGUGGAGGGGACUGACAACUGCCACAUUGAUGCUAUCUGCCAGAACACCCCAAGGUCAUACAAGUGUAUCUGCAAGUCUGGCUACACAGGAGAUGGCAAACACUGCAAAGACGUGGAUGAGUGCGAGCGAGAGGACAAUGCAGGUUGUGUGCAUGACUGUGUCAACAUCCCUGGCAAUUACCGGUGUACCUGCUAUGAUGGAUUCCACCUGGCACAUGAUGGACACAACUGUCUGGAUGUAGACGAGUGUGCCGAGGGCAAUGGUGGCUGUCAGCAGAGCUGUGUCAACAUGAUGGGCAGCUAUGAGUGCCACUGCCGGGAAGGCUUCUUCCUCAGCGACAACCAGCACACCUGUAUCCAGCGUCCAGAAGAAGGCAUGAAUUGCAUGAACAAGAACCAUGGCUGUGCCCACAUUUGCCGGGAGACACCCAAGGGGGGUAUUGCCUGUGAAUGCCGUCCUGGCUUUGAGCUUACCAAGAACCAACGGGACUGUAAAUUGACAUGCAACUAUGGUAAUGGUGGCUGCCAGCACACGUGCGACGACACAGAGCAGGGUCCCCGGUGCGGCUGCCAUGUCAAGUUUGUGCUCCAUACUGAUGGGAAGACAUGCAUCGGGGAAAGGCGGCUAGAGCAGCACAUCCCCACUCAGGCCGUUUCUAAUGAGACUUGUGCUGUCAACAACGGGGGCUGUGAUAGUAAGUGCCACGAUGCAGCGACUGGUGUCCACUGCACCUGCCCUGUGGGUUUUAUGUUGCAGCCAGACAGGAAGACCUGCAAAGAUAUAGAUGAGUGCCGCUUAAACAACGGGGGCUGUGACCACAUUUGCCGCAACACAGUGGGCAGCUUCGAAUGCAGUUGCAAGAAAGGCUAUAAGCUUCUUAUCAAUGAGAGGAAUUGCCAAGAUAUAGACGAGUGUUCCUUUGAUCGAACCUGUGACCACAUAUGUGUCAACACACCAGGAAGCUUCCAGUGUCUCUGCAAUCGUGGCUACCUGUUGUAUGGUGUCACCCACUGUGGGGAUGUGGAUGAAUGCAGCAACAACCGGGGAGGUUGCCGCUUUGGCUGCAUCAACACUCCUGGAAGCUACCAGUGUACCUGCCCAGCAGGCCAGGGCCGGCUGCAUUGGAACGGCAAAGAUUGCACAGAGCCAUUGAAAUGUCAGGGCAGUCCUGGAACCUCAAAAGCCAUGCUCAGCUGCAACCGGUCUGGCAAGAAGGACACCUGUGCCCUGACCUGUCCCUCCAGGGCCCGGUUUUUGCCAGAAUCUGAGAAUGGCUUCACGGUGAGCUGUGGCACCCCCAGCCCCAAGGCUGCUCCAGCCCGAGCUGGCCACAACGGGAACAGCACAAACUCCAACCACUGCCAUGAGGCUACAGUGAUACCCAUUAAACAACGGGUCUCCUUCAAGAUCAAAGAUGCCAAAUGUCGUUUGCACCUGCGAAACAAAGGCAAAACAGAGGAGGCUGGCAGAAUCACAGGGCCAGGUGGUGCCCCCUGCUCUGAAUGCCAGGUCACGUUCAUCCACCUUAAGUGUGACUCUUCUCGGAAGGGCAAGGGCCGACGGGCCCGGACCCCUCCAGGCAAGGAGGUCACACGGCUCACCCUGGAAUUGGAGGCAGAGGUCAGAGCCGAAGAAACCACAGCCAGCUGCGGGCUGCCCUGUCUCCGACAGCGAAUGGAACGGCGGUUGAAAGGAUCCCUGAAGAUGAUCAGAAAGUCCAUCAACCAGGACCGCUUCCUGCUGCGCUUGGCAGGCCUUGAUUAUGAGCUGGCCCACAAGCCGGGCCCAGUAGCUGGGGAGCGAGCAGAGCAGAUGGAGUCCUGUAGGCCUGGGCAGCACCGUGCUGGGGUCAAGUGUGUCAGCUGCCCGCAGGGAACGUAUUACCAAGGCCAGAUGGAGCAGUGUGUGCCAUGCCCAGCGGGCACCUUCCAGGAGAGAGAAGGGCAGCUCUCCUGCGACCUUUGCCCUGGGAGUGAUGCCCACGGGCCUCUUGGAGCCACCAGCGUCACCACAUGUGCAGGUCAGUGCCCACCUGGCCAACACUCUGUAGAUGGUUUCAAGCCCUGCCAGCCAUGCCCACGUGGUACCUACCAACCUGAAACAGGACGGACCCUAUGCUUCCCUUGUGGUGGGGGCCUCACCACCAAGCACGAAGGGGCCAUUUCCUUCCAAGACUGUGACACCAAAGUCCAGUGCUCCCCAGGGCACUACUACGACACCAGCAUCCAUCGCUGUAUUCGCUGUGCCAUGGGUUCCUAUCAGCCCGACUUUCGUCAGAACUUCUGCACCCGCUGUCCAGGAAACACAAGCACAGACUUUGAUGGCUCUACCAGUGUGGCCCAAUGCAAGAAUCGUCAGUGUGGUGGGGAGCUGGGUGAGUUCACUGGCUAUAUCGAGUCCCCCAACUACCCGGGCAACUACCCAGCCAGCGUGGAGUGCAUCUGGAACAUCAACCCCCCACCCAAGCGCAAGAUCCUUAUCGUGGUACCUGAGAUCUUCCUGCCAUCUGAGGAUGAGUGUGGGGACGUCCUCGUCAUGAGAAAGAACUCAUCCCCAUCCUCCAUUACCACUUACGAGACCUGCCAGACCUAUGAGCGCCCCAUUGCCUUCACUGCCCGUUCCAGGAAGCUCUGGAUCAACUUCAAGACAAGCGAAGCCAACAGUGCCCGUGGCUUCCAGAUCCCCUAUGUUACCUAUGAUGAGGACUAUGAGCAGCUGGUAGAAGACAUUGUGCGAGACGGCCGCCUCUAUGCCUCUGAAAACCACCAGGAGAUUUUAAAGGACAAGAAGCUCAUCAAGGCCUUCUUUGAGGUGCUAGCGCACCCCCAGAACUACUUCAAGUACACAGAGAAACACAAGGAGAUGCUGCCAAAAUCCUUCAUCAAGCUGCUCCGCUCCAAAGUCUCCAGCUUCCUGAGGCCCUACAAAUAGUAGCCCUAGGAUCAGAGACCCAGUUUUUUAAGCCCUCAGACUCCUUAGCCCUCAGAGCUGGCAGCCCCCUACCCUCAGACAAGGAACUCUCUCCUCUCUUUGGAGGGAAAAAGAAAGUAUCACUACACAGACCAGGCACUCUCCCUUUCUGUCUUUCUAGUUUCCUUUCCUUGUCUCUUUCUGCCUGUCUCUCUACUGUUUCCCCUUUUCUUACAUGCUCCCUAGGAAAGCCAUUCAGUACUGGCUCUAGUCCCCCUGAGAGGUAAAGAAACAGUACAGCCCCUUCCACUGCCCAUUUUACCAGCUCAGAUUCCUAGCCCCAUCAGCUUGGAAGGGUGCCAGAGGCCCAUCAAGGAAGUGGGUCUGGUGGGGAAUGAGGAGAGGAAAGAAGGGCUUCUGCCAUUAUAGGGUUGUGCCUUGCUAGUCAGGAGCCAAAAUGUCCCCUGGCUCUGCUCUCUAGGGUGAUUCUAACAGCCCAGGGUCCUGCCAAAGAAGCCUUUGAUUUAUAGGCUUAAUGGCAGCACCAGACCUCUGGGACACAUCGUUUGAGCUCUGGACCGCCCACAUGGCCAGCUUUCUUGUCUAUACAGAUUCUCUUUCUUUCCCCACGUCUGCCUGGGGUCUACUCCAUAAGGGUUUGCAAAUGGCCCACAACACUGAGUUAAUGGACACUGGCUAAAUGAGGAAGAGCAGCAGGCAUUAUGUUGAAGGCCCCGCUAUGGCUUUCUAAAAGACUAUAGCUCUGCAGGACAGAAACCAGGUUUUAAAGCAUUGCCCCUAAAAAAAAGAAAACAGAAAGAAAAGAAAAUGUUUCAUUUAAAGGACUAGACACAGAACAAUUAGAAGUCAGCUUCAAACACUAAUACCUUUUCUUACUUGUCUUCCCUGGCCCAGCCACUUUCUCAGCCCCACCUGAAUGCUCCCUGGGGGAGCCCUACUCCCCUUGCUACAUGUUGUCCUUAAAGAAAUAUGGCUAUUGACAUGAAGCCAGCCUAGGCCUUACCCUACAGUUGUCUUUCCCUUGUAGCCCCAGCUGGCUUGUGGGCUUCACCAAAGAGGACCCCACUCUGCAGCCAGCCUGGAGCCACCUACCUCUGGCCUCAGGCUGUGGGCAGCAAAAAGGAAUGUGUGUGCACUUGGCGAGCCUCCUGCCCACCCUGUCCACACCUAAUAAGUGCAAUCAUUUUGAGUUUUCCUAUGUUGUCUAGAGGGAGGAGUUUUUGUUUUCUGUUUUUGUUUCUCUUUCCUCUAUUAGAAAAACCUUAUUUAUAGCUGCCCAAGAGAAAAGAGUAUAUGUUUGGCGUAGAAGAAAAUCAGUUUUGAAUCUCAUGAACCUUGAGUGCUGGAGCAUCUGAUCUGUUUCUAUGCCAUCAGUGGCCACCUAGAACCCUUGGCUGUGGUAAUCCAGGGUAAUUGUGCAGAGGCAUCUGAUAUGUAGGAAAGUAAUUCUGGGGAUUUGAUGGAGCAGGAAGGAGAGGGACCUAUGUUUGCUAAAUCAGUCCUGCUAUCCCUAUGCUCUCGAUGGAGUCAGCGUGGACCUCAUGAUUACAGAAGCCAAUGGAACUGGUCAGUGAUUCUCUACCCCAAGUAGGGAAAACCUCCGUCUUUUCCCUGUCUUUAUCCUGUUAUCCGCUGGUGUUCACAUGGAAGAGGACAAGAACAUACCACCUGGGGAUGGGCUGACUCAGGUUCCUGAGCCAGAGUCAAGGCUGUGGGAGCCAAGAAUAAGACAGAAGGCAUCAGAUAUUUGCCUGGCUCUGGUCACUUCCCUCUCGAAGUUGACUUCAAGCCUAGCCUCCUCAACUACUGUUUUUCAAAAGGAACAAUCAAAUGGAAGAAGAAUCAAGUUCGUGCCCAAGCCCAAAGCCUGCACACAUUCUGCCCUUAAUCCAACUGCUGCCUAUAAACUAAUUUUCAAUUUUCUCCCUCUAGUUCUCCCAAAGCUGUAGUCCUAAUCAAUCAAAGGCUACCAACUGAUUCCUCAGGUUCAUUUCUUCUUUUUUUUUUUUUCUUUUUAACGCUCCUGGUAACUCAUAGGUUCAUUUCUAGGUGACUGUCCUAGGCUACUGCUCCCCUAGGAGCCUGAACAGUGAAUAAAGGAGCCCGACCCCCUACCCUCCCAUCAGUAGCAUUCACCAGCGAAGACAGCCGCAGCAGUGGUAGUCAGUGACACAGCUAGAUUCCCUGACAACCAUUAGCCAACAUCAUGGCCCUUGCGGGUAGAGUGUUUGAUUACCGCUGUCUUUCUGGGUCAAAGAGGGCCACUAUAAAGAUGUAAAAUGGCUGCUUCCAAACAAGGGGAAUGGUCAUUUGGUAGGAGUGUCUGUACUUCCCAGGAAGCACCGUGAAAACUGCUUUAAUCAACUCUGACCAUCCUAAUUCUUCACCAGAAGCUAAGAUAACUUUUUGAUUCCUCUCUUCUUACCAUUUUGCAUCUCUUGGAAAGCCAAACAGUGAGCAUACUUCUCACUUGUGCCUUUAGGGUCUGGCUUCUCCUUUCUCCCUUCCUUUCCCAUCACACCAUACAUACACACAAAUACAUUUCCUCCAGCCAUUUAUCCCAUGGUUUAUGAGACCUGCAAAUGAGUUCCACAGUAUGGAAGGCAUAGACCACCAAGCUUCUUAACUGAUGUCAAGGCACAUCUUGGUAAGCAGGUAAAAACCUGGUAUUGUCCACCAAGUUUAAUUUAGGUCCUUCAAGUUGGAGGUUAAGAACCCAGGCAAAGUUGCUGCAAAACCUAUGGAGGAAGUUGGCCCUGGGACAUCAAACUAGGGGUUAAGUGAAUUGAAUGAGGAGUCAACACUCAGGGACAUUCUAGGUCUUUACAGGUCAAACAGAAGAAAGGUUUUUACCACUGGAGGGGAAAUGGAAAAAUGGUACAAAUAGGAACCCUUCAUGAAGCAACCCAGAGGCCUCUCUGCAGGGUAGGGUGUGGGGCUACAGUAUUGUGGGGCCUCCAUUCAUCUUAGUACAAAAACCUGACCUGCUCUAAGCCUGGAAAUGGGAAGCAGUUUCCAUGAAGGCUUCAGGCACCAAGUGGUGCAUACCAGAAAGGCACUUAUAUCCUCAGCAAUGUGGCAGUUCCUCCUUACUUCUCUGCCUCCCUCUUUCUAUAUUAUCAGGCCAUGCCUAUUCCUACAACCUGAGACAACUCUUGGAAUCAGGAGAAAACUGACCAGAUCCUGAACUUGAGCUGCCUUCCCCAGGCCUAGAAAUCCCCAAAGGCUGACACUGAGCUGUGACUGAUUUAACAGCCCCCAGGAUUUGGUCAGUUUGAGGUAGUGGAGACUCAGAUUUGCUGCUGAAAGUUCAGUAACACAGUCCUGGUCUUUGGCCCUAAAGAAACUUUUUAUAUAUGAAAAGUGUUCUCUAUAUACAUGUUUGAGGUGACUCUGGAAUGGAUUACGAAGUCAUAUCUCAAAAUGUCAGAAAACAUUACAGAGCAUUCAAACUUUUGUAUUUGCUGCUUAACCUCAAUAUUACAGCCACAAACGGGGGGUACAAAGACAAAGCAUAACUGACCAUAAGCAGAAUAUUAACCUUCCAGGUUUCUUUCUUAAGCACAGUAAGAGAAAAGUGGGAGCAAACAAUACAAGGAUAGUUUUACAUGUGACCCGUCUCAAAGGUAGCACACCCUAUCCUUGUGCCAUUAUUUGUACAAGGAAAUAUAUGAUUAGAAGGAAUAGAACCCCCAGUUGUCAUCAGCUUUUUUAGAUACCACAGGUUGUAGCAAUUUGAACAAACAAAACUUUAUUCUUCUGUGUGAACUGAACUGAAGUUUCAGAGAAUAAUCAUCGCCAUGUGGGAGGCUUUUUGUUAAAUGCAGAAGAAAUCUCAAAAUAUUGUAUUUAUAUCUGCCUUCCACUGCUGCCAAUAUAGUAAGCAUCUCCUACAAAAUCAACAAUAAACAGCAAAUGAUGCAGUUCAUAGAGUAUUUUGCACUUGGGGAAAAAUAUGUAUCUGACUUGUAAAAAGAAAUGUUUGGAUUUUGUAUGUCUUUUUUAUUAUUAUUAAAAUACUAAAUGAAACUCC